AUGCGAUCGUCUGUUUUAAGGGGUUGUUUGGUGAAAACCGUAAAAUCUUUGGUGAAGCAAGGAUAUCCUUCGAAAGUUCGUUUGCAGGGAUGGGCUGAAAGUGUGCAAAAAUUUGGAAAAUUUUUAUUUGUCCAUCUUGAUGAUGGGCUUAGCGAUGAUCGAAUACAAGUGGUUAUUCCAAAAAAAAUCUGCUCAAAAAUUAAUGUUGGAAGUGCGGUAGAUAUUUGUGGUGUUUGGACCAAAAGCUUAGGUGCUCAACAAACAAUGGAAUUGUUCGCAUCAAAAUGUACAGUUGUUGGCAAAAAUUUAGCUCCUGUGAGGCAAGAUGUUCCAGUAAGUGCUUUACGAAAAUCAUAUCCACUUCGCAUCAAAACUAGAUCAUUCAUUGCUCUAUUAAGAUUAAGAUCAGAGCUGAACAAAUUUUGUCAUCAGUUUUUUGAGAAAGAAAAUUUUGUUCACAUAGAUGCUCCAUCACUUUCAGUAAAUGACUGUGAAGGUGCGGGUGAUAUUUUUAUAGUCCAAGUAUGCUUCGAAAAUCAUAAAAAGUUUUUUGGUCCUAAUCCUGUUUAUUUGCCAGUUUCUUCUCAACUUUAUUUGGAAGCCAUCGUAAGUAGAAUAUCAAAAGUAUAUACAAUUGGUACAGCGUAUCGAGCUGAAGUCAGCACACCAAGGCGCCAUUUGGCCGAAUUUCGCAUGCUGGAGGCUGAAUUCGCUUUUGCCAGAGAUAUUGAUCAUCUUUGUGACUUUAUCGAAGAUUUAACUAAAUUUGUUGUGUAUAAAUUUCAACAGCAGUCUUCAGAAGCUGAAGCAUUAAAAGAUUUCUUUGAAGCAGAUCUAGAUCAAAAUUCUGCACUUAUCCACUCGUUUUCUAAUACCAAAAAUUUUCCACGAUUGCGGUUUGAUGAAGCAUCUGCAAUAUUACGAAAAAAUGGUGAUUUAAUCGGUCCUCGGUUGAGCAGAAAGAAUGAAUUUUAUCUGAUCGAUUAUUGCAAGUCACCUCUUUUUGUAACCAAUUUCCCAGCAGUUCGUGCACCUUUCUAUAUGAGUCGAUCGGAAUGCGGAAAAUACGUUGAAAAUUGCGAUCUUUUGGCUCCUACGACUGGCGAAUUAGUUGGUGGUUCAUUGAGAGAAAGAAAUCCAGAUGCAUUAAGGUCUCGUGGAUGUAAGAGUAGUUUAAAUUGGUAUGUUGAAUUAAGGAAUGCUGGGCAUCCUUCCUCUGCAGGUUUUGGUCUUGGUAUGGAACGCUUUAUGCAAACGCUAUUUGGUAUCAAAAAUAUUAAAGACACUGUUGCUUUUCCUAGGUAUUAUAUGGGUUCUUACUUCUAA